UGGAGUUUUGGGAAGUGACCCGGUAACUAAUAGUAUGGAGAACGAGGUGGGAUGGAUGAAUGAAGCGUCGAAGGAUAGCAGCAACAAUGGUGAAUCUUUCAUUGAAAUACAAAUCAACAAAGCAGUCAGAACCACAGGAUUGAGCAUCUCUUCUUCGCCAUCUCCCGAGAACGAAAUGCAGACGACGACAGCAAUCUUCUCAUCGGCCACUAGUUGCUUCUCAGCAUACAGCAGCGUGACGAGGUUGAUGAUGAAAGUGGGGUGUUUGAGUAUAGUGGGAGUCAUAAGAGAGAAAGUAAACGUGGGAGAGAGGUGGGUCCUCCAAGUUAUACAGAGACGACGAAACAAGAGCCCCCUACGAUACUACUACGAAGGCAGCAUGAGUAAUAAUAAGGAUGAAGCAUUAACGGACGAUUCCCUCAAGGCAGCUAUCGCUUACUGCAAUGCCUCAUCUCUCUCCCCUCUACAAACUUGAUUAUUAUUAUUAUAAUACCUUUUCUACAGAAUCAUGUUGGAACCAACCAAUAUUUGUUGAUGUGUCCAAAUCCUAGGGCAUCAUCAACUAUAUCAUUGUUUUUUUUUCUUUUUAUCUUUUUGCUUUUAUUUCCGUUUAAGAAUAUAUUUUAUAGUUGUGAUCCUCAUUAUCCCAAAUCCCAAGUCAGGUCAAACAUAGUUUUGAGGCUUGGUCAGCUGAUAUUUUUACAA